GCAGUUCGGUCAGGGAGGGUUGCUGAGGGCGUUUCAUCGCUACGCUAACGAGCCUACAGGCGCCUGAGAGACUGUCUAAAAUCCUGUAAAGAAAGCAGAAGGAUGGCAGACUUGAGUCUGGGCGAUGCUCUGACUGACAGCGUGACCCUGGCGGCUGAGGAGAACUUGGUGGAGAGGGACUUUGUAGCCACACUGGAGGCUGAAACCUUUGAGGACAAGGUCGGAGAGACAGUGGGAAAAACAGAUUACAUCCCAUUACUAGACAAUGAUGAAAAAGGCACUGUAGGUAUAGCAUCGACACCAGGGGGAGAGGUUUCAGUGUCACACCUGGAGCCACAAGGGGACGUGCAUCCACUUCAGAUGAAUCAGAAGGCCUUUGUAUCAGACUUUCAAUCAGAUUUCUCUCAGCCUUUAUUGGGACUGGAAACAAAUAUGGAUGUUGGAGUUGCACCACUCCAGACAGAAAAAUCUCCCAGCAUUGCUGACACACACACACCCCCAUUGCUGGCCAAGGAGGCACCUGCCACCCCUAAGAACCCUUUGGACUUUGCAGGUGUCUUUGGUGACCACUGGUCAGAUGAUACUGGGGUUCCCUCUGACCUACCCUUCACUCCCAGUGUUUCCACGGUGAUAAGUCGCCAUGCAGGCCAUCUGGUAGAAAGUCAACAAGAUCCCACUUACCACCAGUGGUCCCCUAGAAAUAGUGGUCUGGGGGAAGGAGAUGAGAGAGAAAAUGAAGGUUUUGAUCGGAAGAAGGAGAAAAAGAAGAAGAAAAGAAAGCCCAAAGAAGAAAUAUGUGAUGAGAUGGAAAAUAAGAGUCAUUUGCCGAGUAAGAACAUCUUCCUGCCUGAAGGCGUAAUUCAGACAUCAGCAUCCAAGGAACCGGAGCAAAAUGAAGGCUGGCAACAGGGGGAUGUUGUUCGUGCAGGUGGAAGGAUCAAGAAGGAAAAAAGGCGUAAGAAGAUUCCAGAAGAGUGGUCUAUUCAUGCAGAGCCCUUUGUCCCUAUUUCAGUCUCCAUGUCUCAGAACGUUGGAACUGAAUUAGAAUGUCCACUAUCUGAAGACAGCAGUCAGGGCCUGGCAUCAGUUUGUGAGGAUUAUUCUGAUGAGAACCUUAUGCCAUCAUCACUUACCCAUGAUCUGCUUUCAUUAACACCUGCUUCUCCACCAGUGCCAUUGGAGGUCAAAUCUGCAGCAUCCUUCAAUGAAGUGGAAGGAUUUUCACCCAUGGGCCUGCUGUCUGUAUCCCCUGGUUUCCAUGAUACUCUUAUGGAAAUGGAAAGUGUUACCAUGGAUAAUACUGCUGAUGCCUUUAUCCUUUCUCCAUCACUAGGUAAAUCUGAACCUCAUGCUUCAGUGUUAAAUGCCCAGUGCGUUGUCCUUAGUGGAGGAAUCUUUGAAGAGGCUAUGUUUGAGCAAGAGCCCUCUUUUACUGACACACCAUUAGGGACCCAUGUUUCAGCUACCAUCCCUGUGGUUAAUCCCUUGAUGUCCACUGUCCCUAUGGUUGAUCCCUUGAUGUCCACACCUGGCACUAGUGGUUUUGGAUCAUCUAUGGAGGCCUUGAUCUCUGCUCCUCCGUUCACACCAUCUGGAACUGCUUGGUCUCUAAAUGACUCACAUCUGAAUAAUCCAAGUGAGCCGUUUACCAUUACAUGCAUGGAGGAUGUUACCCAUGAGGCACCUGUCCCUGUAUCUCUACCUUUAACUCAAAACAAAACCCCAAAAGAAGCCAAAUCAAAGCAAAGCAGGAAGACACGAACGUCUUCAUCAAAGAGCCCCAUGUCACCUGAAGUGAAACUUCCUUCUCCUCAAAACUCUGGUUUAAACCCUGCUGCCCCGCCGUUCUUUCCUAGCUUUGCUGAGCCUCGAGAGCAUGUGACGGCUCUGCCUGCCAUGCUGGAAGUAAACACAGAGAAAAAACAGCCGGAGGUGGAAAAAACAGAGCAUCUGGAAAACACUGAAGUUUUCAACAAAGUUGAGAAGAUUGACAAUGUUAAAAAUGACAUGGUUGAUCAAACAAAUAAAUUGGACAGCGUAGGAAAGACAGACAUAAAAGAUCAGGAAGAAAACAUUAGUGUAAAAGACAAGUGUGAUACAUUUAACAAGGUAGACAAAGUUGAAAAAACAGAUGCAGCUGAAAAGUCAGAUAAACUGGUCAAACCUGAGCAGUCUGACAAAACAGAAAAGAUGCAUACACCUGAAAAAAUCGGCCAGGUUGAGGUUGAACAAUCCAAACAUGUUGAGAAAAGUCCAGAAGUAAAAUCUGUGGGAGACCAGAAAGAUCUGUCUGUACAGAACAAAGAGGAGAAUCUACUAAACAUGGAAAAUGUGGAUUUUAAGGAACAUGCUGAAAAGGUAGAGAAGGACAAGUUAGAGAAAAAGACAGAAAAAGACAAAGAUGAAAAAGAAAAGCUUGAUCAUAAGAUAGAUGGGACAUUAGAGAAGGAAAAAGUUGAGGAAGCCAAAUUUGAUCAAAAAUUGCAUGAAAACAUAGAAAUUGUCAAAGCUAAAGAAACAGAGAAGGACAAAGCUAAGAUAUCAGAAAAAGACAAAACUGAUACACCAGAAAAAGUCAAGGAUAAGAAGCAAGAACAAGAUACAGUUGAAAAUGUUGCAGUGGGCAAAGAGUUAGCCCAACAAGCAGAUCUUUCAGAAAAGAGCAACCAUACCGAGAAACUGGACAAGAAGGAGGAUAUGGAGACGGCUGAAACAGAAAAGGAAAAUUGCGCAGUCACCAAAGUGGAAAAAGAGGACAAAGCUGAGAAAGCCAAAAAAGCAGCCGUUAAGCCUACAGCAACGAAUGGAGCAAGAGCUGCACCAGGAAAAGACCCAACCAGCUCAGACAAGAAAACUAAGCCUGUUGUCGGGGCAGCAAAACCAAGCUCAGGCAAGCCAAGGCCUAGCACAGUGUCGAAUGCUGCACCUGCACCUAAACGUGUAACCUCAGCCCCUACCUCUACAACCACCACCUCAUCCACCCUCAGCAAAAAGGCACCCAUUCCUAAGGCACCCAUUCCUAAGGCACCCACACCCACGGCUGGCACCAAGCGGCCUGCUUCGGCUGCCAGCCGUCCAUCCACCACAGGCACAGUGCCCAGUGAAGUCAAGACUAAGAUGGAACCUUCAGCAACAAAGUCCAUUUCUGCUCCAGUCCGGUCCACAGCCACUAAAAAUGGUACCUCUUCUACAACAGUGAACAAAACCACUACAGCAAGCGCCCCCACUGUACGCCGUUCUCAGGCAACAAAGACUGAAAAUAAAACUGAAGAAAAGAAAGUGAGCACUCUUAAGACCUCAGAGUCCACCCGGCCCAAAACCACAGCCUCCAGAACCCCUACUACUACUAGUAGCGUUGCUCCUCGCACCCGCACCACUAAACCUGCCACCUCCACCAGCACCACAACCACCACGGUGCCAGACAAAAAGCCUCCUGUGCCUCGUGCUCCUCGAGCCAGCUCCACUACCACCACAACUGCUACUACCACCCGGACUACUACUCGCCCUGGAACAGCUCCAGCACCUGAUAUUAAAAAUGUCCGCUCCAAGAUUGGCUCUACAGACAACAUUAAACACCAGCCUGGAGGAGGCAAGGUCACAGUUUCUCACAGCAGGACAGAUGCUCUGACUCAGGGCUCCCUCUCCAAAGAGACCAGCCAGGGCAAAGUUCAGAUAGUCUCCAAAAAGGUGGACUACAGCCAUGUUACAUCUCGCUUGGGCUCCAAGGACAAUAUGAAGCAUGUCCCUGGUGGUGGGAAUGUGCAAAUUCUUAAUAAGAAGGUUGAUGUGAGUAAAGUUACCUCGAAGUGUGGUUCAAAGGCCAAUAUCAAGCAUAAACCAGGGGGUGGAGAUGUGAAGAUUGAGACCCAAAAAAUAAACUAUAAAGAAAAAGCCCAGCCAAAGAUUGGCUCUUUGGACAAUGUUAGCCAUGCACCAGGAGGGGGCAAUGUUAAGGCUGAGGGGCAACAGGAGACAUUUGAGGGGAAUGGGGCUACACCUAGUGGCUCAUCUGGCUCUGCACAGGAGAAUGGGUUGAAGGUGGGCACUGCCUGUGGGGAAGAGGCACUCCAGGACCCCAAGGGCCUGGACUCUCUCAUCCCUGAAACAAAUUGAGUCUUUUAAACUCCACUUCCGUGAAAAAGCUCGCUCUCGCACGGACCACGGCGCUGACAUCAUCACCUGUCCUGUCGUGGGUGACGACCCAGCCCAACCCCAUCCUCUCCGCAGCAGUUUUUCAUUCAACGACUCGUUGGUGAAGGCUCACUUGCCCCGCUCCUCCACAACCCCAACAAUUCACCUCUCCGCCUGUCAGGGGCCAGAGGACAAUGCUGACUCAUUCACCACAUCUCACACAUGAUGUUCUCCACUCAGCUUUUACCAUAAACUAGUCUUGUCUAAAUGUUCAGUCUGAAAUGUGUAGGAGAAAAAAUAUUUAGCAGAAUCUCUUCGCCUACCAUACCAUAUCUGCUCAACUCCUGCUCAUACCCAGUUUAUGCAACAUAUUUCCUAAUAAGCUUACUCUCCUGCUUUAAUUCUGGUAUAUUUGUUGUUAUUCAUAACUGCAGUUGUAGCAUUUCUCUAUAAGCUUUCUAUAGCAUAGUUAUCUGAAUAUACAUGAUCUGUACUUUUGUUCAUUAAGGUAAUUCAGACUUUCGCUUUUAGAAACAUUGGACUAUAGAUUUGUGUUAUACCUUUUGUCAGCAUGUGGGAAUGCCAUGUGAUCCUGAUAACCAUUGCCAGCCCCUUCAUUAGACUGCAGUUUUUUUUAACCUAUACCUUUCACUGCCCUAAAUGCACUUAUAUUUAGAACACAUUUGGUGUUUUAGCUUAAAUAACAGAAAUUGCUCAUAACUUUUGUGUUUUGUGAUGUGUUUGAAUCUUGUGACUAUGAUUUGUGUUGUUAGUUUAUUUUUUGUGAUAUAUGGGUGUUUGAUUCUUUUGUCAUUUUUCUUGUCAAGCAAUACAGUUGUCUACAGUUGUCUGUAGGAUGCUAAUUUUUCAAAAGACAUACACAGAAGAUAAAACCUACAGUCUCAGUUCAGUAUAGCUUUCUGAAAGUGUGCAGUCCGCAGGUGCUAGGGAAGAUCUAUCGAGUGGAUAGCAGUGUUUAAAAGAAUGCAUGUGUAAGUGACUUUGGAAUGCAUUAGUAGAGACCAGAUAAAAAAAGUACACAGGAGAAAACUAAGCAAAAAAAUACAUGCUGCUGAUGCCAGAUGUUUGCCUUUUGUGCUUGGAUGGAUUUGAUGUCCUGGUUGAAGUGGGUUUAAGUUUGGGUUUUCAGCUCAUUCCGGUUUUAAGGAGAGAGCUUUGAUAUUUAGAUAGAGGAGGAGGAGACAUGCCUUCAGAACGUCAGAGCCUAGCACGAUGGUUGGCUUAAGUAGUUAUUGCUUUUACUUAGACAUAGUCAAACUGUGCAUGCACCUGUUUAACUCUCAUUACAGGUGUUUUUAAAGUGCCGCCAAGCAUAUUCACAUUAUUUACAGAUAUAAAGUGUCGCUUAAGAUUCAUAUUACAUUUAUAUGUUCCAACCGGGUGUGAAACAGCAGUUACAUUGUAGCUUAUAUCUUUUGUAGCAUUUAAUCUUACAGUAACCUCUGAAUAGAACUUAUUUGAAUCUUAUUUGAAUAUUGUGUAAUAUUUAGAAAUUCAUUUGAAGGUUUCUGGUAGAGAAACCAGACUGAUAAUGCAAAAAGGGUGACAGUGAGCAGGCUGAACAUGAGGAUGGAAAUAUAAUUGCGUUUUUCCCCCACUUUAUAUUGCAGUUAUGCAUUGAAGUAAAGUGAAAACACUACAAUCAAAGACAUUGUUUUAAAUCUUCCAUUUAUUCCUUUUCACCCAAUUUACUCGUCUCUAAUUGGAGCUUAUCUCUCUCUUGAUGCUGCCUCCACCCCCACCCCUGAGCAACUGCCAUUCUUGAUCCGAUGCCCCUGUAACUGCAGUAGCAAUUCAGCCUGCAGGCUCACAGCCAAUCGUGUGUCUGUGUAGGCACCCGGCUGGCCGAUAGCAGGGCUAGCUCCAAUGAAAUGCAUUUAUUUAUUUAUUUAAGUAUUCUUUCCCAGACUUCAUUGCUUAUAAUGAUCAUAAUUGUUUUAAAGGUUAGUGAAGUUUUUUGUAAUACCAAAUGUAAUACCAAUAUUACUCAAAUCUACACUGAAAGAUAUUUUGGUAAUGCUUGGUUGAGUAAAAGCACAUGGCUGGACAUCAAUCGUUUCAGUUCAAUUAAGUUAAAUUGAACACAAAAAUACUUAACAUUUAAUUAGAUUCAUUUGCAAUAAGUUAUUAUUUAUGUUUUAAAAGAAUGAGAGGUUUGUAGAUAUUUGAAUACAAGUAUGCAGUUUUUGGUAUGCUCCUGGUAUGGUCUUUAUUAGAUAUAUAGCCUUAUGUAACCUCAGUUUGUUUGUUAAAUUGUGGUUAUUUUAAUCUUAAUUCCCAGUGUCUGAUUGCAGUCAUUUACCGUCAAAUACAGCAUGCUUUGCUUUUCCACCCAACAGCUUUUAGUUUAUGUUAGUUGCUAUUAUACAGCUAUUUGUAAAUAUAUUAAUGGUUUAUACAUUCAAUAUUGGAAAAGUUGGAAAUCAUGUUUUAAAGGGGUGUUAAAUACAUAUUUUGUGUGUUGUUGAGGAGUGUGCUUGUCAUUAUUGUUAAUAAUAAUAAUUAUAAUAAUAAAAUAAUCUCUAUCUGCUGUUUUUGCGUUUAUUAUUUAAUGCCAUCGCUUUGGUGCGCUGAUUGAGGCUCUGUGUAGUGGACUACUCCAAAUUAAAUGUGUUAUUGGUCAAGUUUGUGUAUAAUUACUUAUGAACAUGUGAUUGCCACAGAUACUUGUUUUUAAAAACAUACUGUAGAUGUCCACAUUUUCUCAUCUUCUUUUAGUCCACACAACAGCACUUUGUCCAUGUGCAGGUAAAACGUCAGUUUUUUAAUCUUCUUUAUUGCUUUUAUUUGCACUGUUUUAAUGAAGAAUUAGCUGCUCUGAUGGUGAAACGUAUAUUUUAAUAUGUUGAAUUGGGUUUGCAAUCUUGGCAUAAACAAAUAAGUCACAGAAAUAAACCAUACUACUCUUGUCUGAGACACAUUGCAGCUUCAACAGAUGUCCACAUAGUAGUGCUUCUCCUAAUAUGCUAUAGUAAUAUACUUAUAGUAAUGACAUAGAACAAAAAUGUGCUUAACAAGUGGGAUGUGUUUGAUCGACCUGUUGUGUGCAGACAGUGUCUUUUGUCGAUUUUAUUUCUGGGUUAAUAAUGUUUAUUGUUGUCAUUUGUUAACUAGUAAUGUGUUUAUAAAUGACAAAAUAAAACAGUAUUCAAACUUC